AAAAGGAAACGAAUAGAUGUUAUUUUGCAUAAAGUCAGCACUAAGUUAAAAGCUAAACCAGGAAGGAAGUUACAACCACUAUGCUAGAUGGGUGUGCUUCAGUGACAUGUGCUUGCUUUUGAGAAAAUCAGAACUCUACAGAUUAGUACUAGCAAUAAUUACCAUGUUUAUUUUAUGUUUACCUGAAUUUUUCAAAAUCCAUGAAGCGAACACUGUAAUGGUGUCAUGCGUGGAUACCUGUUCAUCAAAUAACACCACAUUUCCACUUUGUACUUUUAACAAGUCUUGCAAAAGAUCACUGCAACAAAGAAGAGAAAACCAGACUAUUUUACUGAAGGCCUUUGUAAACCAUUCCAGUUUCCAAAAUAUUCCAUGUAUUUGCCAGUCCUCCGGGAGGGAACAACAGUCCCCUACUAAACACACAGAGUGUGAAUCCAAGAGAGAUGUGAAUGUUGAUCAUCAAGGAUCAGGGUCAGUACCUAAAAAAAGUCCAAAAGCAAAAGGCUCACUUGAAGUGAAAACAAAAGAUGUUAUUUAUUUUUAUAAAUAUUUUAAUUUUACUACAGUUUCCGAGAAAGAAGAAGUAGAGCAUAAUACUUACUACCUGCUGGAAAUCCACAUCAACAAUUCUAUAGUUGGAGGAAGAAAUGCAGCUGAAGAAUACCUAAAUCAUUCCUGUCUAGUGGCAAUGAUGGAAGACCAAAAUGACUGUAUAAACAUUUCACUGCAGCUGAAGUCUUAUGUGGAAUAUCCAAUGUGUAUGGCGAAGAUCAUUUGGCUCACUAUGAUUCUGGUAUUUUUUGUGUUUACGAUUUCAGUCGUCAUCUACAAAAUAGUCCAAGACAAUGAACAAAACUAUUAUAAACACCGAGUAGCAGCAGUUUCUACUAUGCUAAGAAGAAAGAGUUCUAGACAUUCAGGAAGAACCAUAUCUGCUACUAAAAUUCAUCCUUUUCCUGUGACAAUCAGCAAACAACAGAUUCCAUUUACUGCACAGACCACAAAGAUACUGCCCAUAAUUCCUGAACAAGAGUAUUGUCACGUGGGUGCAUCAACUGUAGAAGGUUAA